CAAAGGUGCGGGUUUUCGUUUCCGCCCCGUCCAGGCAGUAGACGGAUGAUGAUGUAGAAGUUCACCGGUGCGGUCCACUUCAACCGGUGCUAAAUGAAACAAACCGACCGGGCGGUCCGAUCCCCACCCAUCCCUUUAGCUUGCACGCCCCGUCUCGCCCCCUCACGCCCUAAUAAAUAGCGACGACGAGGUUUUCAGUCACAUAUCACUUUCUCUUCCAUAUCCUCUUCCAACCUCCUCUUCCUCUCUCCCUCUCUCCCUAUAUCCUAUAUCGACAACCUAAUGGAAGAUGCCGACAAGCAGAUGUUGGAGGCGGCGGAGACGCUCAUCCUCUGCAGCCUCCUGCCGUUCAGCCGGCCGCCGGUGACCAUAUGCGAUGUCUAUCCGUUGAAUCCGUCGAAGCCAUCGACGAACCUUGAGAUGAUUCCCUCCUCGUUUCUUCCCCCAUGGGGGCUUCGAUCGAGGAGAUCUCGCUGCUGCUGCAUCUCGAAACAGGAGCAGGAGGACCAAUCGUCGGCUCCGGUUGAUGCGACCCGUCCUAGUCCCGCAACACCUCUCGACUUCGCCUCCACUUACUUACCUUCAACAAGCGGCAGUGACGAUGCUCCUUCCCAGUCAGCGAUACCAACGAACAACCGCCGCCGAGCCGGCGACUCCUCUGUCGCUCUCUGUGACGUCGAUCAAAAGGUUAGCGGGGUCGGACAGGCGCCGUUGGCUGGUAUGGGAAUCACUUCGACUAAGCCCGUCAGACUGGGAAAGAGGAAGAUGUUCACUGAGCUCCAGGCGCAGGAGAGAUUGUUGGUGGAUGAGAACACAAUGCUCAGAAUGAGAGUGGAAUCCAAGCGGAAGGAGCUCGAGGCUUUAAUUGCGGAAAACCGGAGACUACAGUGUAAGAAGGGGUAUGAUGGCUCUGAUUCUAGUCUUUAUGGCACUGGAGGUAAAAAGUCCUCUUCAGGUUUAGAAAUGAAGACACCAGUGCAAAGGACUGGCAAUCCAACACCUAGAAGGAUGACUCCAGAUAGAGCGCGUGGAAUGGAAGCACCAAGGAAUGGUUUUUCUUCUAAUCGGGAUUUAAGUCAUUGCUUCUAUUUGAGGAAGUCCAGCCCGCAGCAUUCCAGAGCUGCAGAUGAAGCGGCAAAGCCUCAAUUUUGUUUGCCAGAUUUAAACGAGCCUGCAAUGGCUACAUGA